CGAGGCCGCCGCUGCCGCCGAAGUCGAUCUCGGAUCCGCGAGCGCCACCAGGGCAGCAGCCGCCGCAGCCGCCGCCGCUGAGCUGAGGAGCCGGAGACGCGGGCGGACGAGGUGGCGGCGGCGGCGGAGCGGGAGAGGGGAACGGACGCGGGCGGAGCGCGGCGGCGCGGGUGUAAUCCAGAGAACAGUUUUCAAACAUCUUUGCUUACUUUUGACACUGAGCAGUUGGGAUUUAGGCAUAUGAGGAGGUACUGUCACACAAAACAGUGUCUAGUGAAGACGACAAGAAAGAGAGAAAAGGAUCGGAAAAAGAAGUUAAAAUUCCAUAGGAAACCAUGAGAUCUAUUAGAUCUUUUGCCAAUGACGAUCGCCAUGUUAUGGUGAAGCAUUCAACAAUCUAUCCAUCUCCGGAGGAGCUUGAAGCUGUUCAAAAUAUGGUGUCUACUGUUGAAUGUGCUCUUAAACAUGUCUCAGACUGGCUGGAUGAGAAUAAAGGCACAAAAACUGAUGGGGAGACAGAAGUAAAGAAAGAUGAGGCUGUGGAAAACUAUUCCAAGGAUCAAGGUGGCCGGACAUUGUGUGGUGUAAUGAGGAUUGGCUUGGUUGCAAAAGGCUUGCUGAUUAAAGAUGAUAUGGACCUCGAGCUGGUUUUAAUGUGCAAAGACAAACCCACGGAAACCCUGCUAAAUACAGUCAAAGAUAACCUUCCUGUUCAAAUUCAGAAACUGACAGAAGAGAAAUACCAAGUGGAACAAUGUAUAAGUGAAGCUUCCAUUAUAAUUCGGAACACGAAAGAGCCCACACUGACUUUGAAGGUGAUACUUACUUCUCCUCUAAUUAGGGACGAAUUGGAGAAGAAAGAUGGAGAAAAUGUAAUGAUGAAAGACCCUCCGGACUUACUGGACAGGCAGAAAUGCCUGAAUGCCUUGGCUUCUCUGCGACAUGCCAAAUGGUUUCAGGCAAGGGCAAAUGGAUUAAAAUCAUGUGUAAUUGUCCUCCGCAUUCUGCGUGAUUUGUGCAACAGAGUACCCACAUGGGCGCCGUUGAAAGGAUGGCCACUAGAGCUUAUAUGUGAAAAGUCUAUAGGUACUUGUAAUAGACCUUUGGGCGCUGGGGAGGCCUUGAGACGAGUAAUGGAGUGUUUGGCAUCUGGAAUACUACUUCCUGGUGGUCCUGGCCUUCAUGAUCCUUGUGAACGAGACCCAACAGAUGCUCUGAGCUAUAUGACCACUCAGCAAAAAGAAGAAAUCACUCAUAGUGCACAGCAUGCACUUAGACUAUCAGCCUUUGGCCAGAUUUAUAAAGUGUUGGAAAUGGACCCCCUUCCAUCCAGUAAGCCUUUUCAGAAGUAUUCCUGGUCAGUUAGUGAUAAAGAAGGUGUUGGAUCUUCAGCUCUAAAGAGGCCAUUUGAAGAUGGAUUAGGGGAUGAUAAAGAUCCGAAUAAGAAGAUGAAACGAAACUUAAGGAAAAUUCUGGACAGUAAAGCAAUAGACCUUAUGAAUGCACUAAUGAGAUUAAAUCAGAUCAGGCCUGGGCUUCAAUAUAAGCUUUUGUCACAAUCUGGCCCAGUCCAUGCCCCAGUCUUCACAAUGUCUGUAGAUGUGGAUGGUACAACAUAUGAAGCCUCAGGACCAUCCAAGAAAACAGCAAAACUUCAUGUAGCAGUGAAGGUUUUGCAGGCAAUGGGAUACCCAACAGGUUUUGAUGCAGAUAUUGAAUGUAUGAGCUCCGAUGAAAAAUCAGAUAAUGAAAGCAAAAAUGAAACAGUAUCUUCAAACUCAAGCAAUAAUACUGGAAAUUCUACAACUGAGACCUCCAGUACCUUAGAGGUAAGAACUCAGGGUCCUAUUCUCACAGCAAGUGGCAAAAACCCUGUAAUGGAACUCAAUGAAAAAAGGAGAGGUCUCAAGUAUGAACUCAUCUCAGAGACUGGUGGAAGCCAUGACAAGCGCUUUGUAAUGGAGGUAGAAGUAGAUGGCCAGAAAUUUAGAGGUGCAGGCCCAAACAAGAAAGUGGCCAAGGCAAGUGCAGCACUAGCUGCUCUGGAGAAGCUGUUUUCUGGACCCAAUGCAGCAAAUAAUAAGAAAAAGAAGAUCAUUCCUCAGGCAAAGGGUGUUGUGAAUACGGCAGUAUCUGCAGCAGUUCAGGCAGUUCGGGGCAGAGGAAGAGGAACUCUGACAAGGGGAGCAUUCGUGGGGGCUACAGCAGCUCCUGGCUAUAUAGCUCCAGGUUAUGGAACACCAUAUGGUUACAGCACAGCUGCUCCUGCAUAUGGUUAAUACUUUUAAGCAGUUUUCAGCACGUUUAUCUCACUUUAUUCUCGUUCUCCUCGGACCUUCGUAGCCAUAUCACUUGUAUAAGAUAGGCUGAGCUAUAGUGACUGUAAGCUGUGAUCUCAGUACACAAAGGUAAGCUCUUUUAUUUUCUGAUUAAAGAAAAAAUAACCAAUUAACACAACCUGCAUAUAUGACAAUCAUAUGAUGUAUUUGAUCUCUUAGGUCUUAUGUCACUGCAUUAACUUUAACUUUUUAUGGCCUAAAUGUAAAAUAGUAAUUUUCAGCAUUUGUUUUAAUACUCUUGUAAAUGCUUUUUAUUCAGGAGAAACAUUUCACAUUCACUGAGUCAAGUGUAUGUGAGUAGAAACUUAGAAUAUAAUGUAUAUGUAAAUUAUACAUAGAAGCACUUGUUUGAAUAUAAUAAUUCAGUGGUAGGAACACUUAACAAAGAAUCAAAAUGACAGGGCACUCUCUAGGAGUUGGAAUAUCAGAAACAGUAACAUUGGUAACAGUGCCAUAGGAUUUAUGUGUGCAAUUGCUACACAGGCUGAGGGUAUAAGUGCCAAUCUCAAGAAGAAAACCUUCUCGGACCUGUGUUACAUGCCCCAUUACAACAACAGCAAGAAGCCAUUAAAAAAAAAAGCAAUAAAAAAAGACAAAACUAUUAUUAACUGUGGGAAAUAUGUGUAAUUGGCUGUGUUAAGUUAUUUGCAGAAUCAACUUGAGCAAGACUCAGAAAUAGUGAUACAGAGUCCACAGAAAACAAAUUGACUUAAGGAAUCUAUGUUUUCCAAGUAGGGUACCUAGAGUAUUAUUUCUCACUGUAAUCAGUCAUCAACAAAGUUCAUUUAAAGAAUAUGAGGGUUAGGCCAGAUACUUUAAUAAGGAUUUGCUUCAUUUAGUAUACCCCAUAAAUACACUUCAUUAUGUUAGAUGUUCUGUGUUAAAGCUGUAUUUAUAUAGAUAGAUAUAUAAAAAUAAAUUUUAUGUUUUACA